AUCAUCACACCGAAGAAGAAGGAUUUCGCCGACUAAUUCAAUCCCCACCAAGAAAAAAAAAAGUUGCUAUCUUUGAUCAGAUUCAUCCAUCGUCUCUCCACUCCAGUUCCUCUUUCGAGCUUGCUGAGAUCAGUUCAAUGGCGAAUUGGGAUUCUUUUUCCGGUGAGAAUUAUCAAACCCAUCCCGAUUUCAAUCACAGUUAUCCAUCUUCCUCCACUUAUGGUGAUUCCGUUUUCUACGAUCAUCACUAUUCUGGGUUCUCUCCCAUGAGUUAUUCCUACUGCGAUUACGGUUCUGAGACAAUCUCUGAGUCUGUUGGAUACUCUGUCUUCACCUUGUCUGAGCCCAAACAUGUCGUGUAUGAAUAUGAUCCCAAUUGCUAUAGCGUGUAUGAGAUUGAGAGUCCUUCUGAGUUUAGGAUCUCGUACUCUGUUUCCGAAUUCAACGAGACCGAUUUCGAAGAGUAUGAUCCGACGCCGUAUGGUGGAGGAUACGAUAUCAGUGCCACUUAUGGAGAGGCUCUUCCUCCUUCAGACAAGACGUGUUAUCCUUGUCCAUCUGCUGAUCCGACAAUGUCACCGGCUUUGGCAAGCGUUCCUCUUGGUCCAGUUGAUGAGAAAGAUAAGGUUAUUAAUGGGUUUGCCUCAGUUCCGGUUAAAGAAUCGAAACCAAUGCAGACCAUUGAUGAAGAAGAAGAAGAAGAAGAUGAUGAUGAUGAUGAUGAUGAUGGUGAUGGGUUUGUCUCAGACCAUGCUAAUGAGACAAAACCAGUUGAAAGAAUGGAGAAUGUGGAUGAGGAGAAGGUGAAAGUACGGUAUAUUCCAUCCGGGUAUGGAUUGGAGGCGAUGGAUCUUUGUGAGACGAUAUUCGGCGGUUACUUUCCUUGUUUGCUAAGCAAGCAAAGAUGCAACGAAGAACGAAACCCUAGCACCGUUUCUUGGUGCGAAAGGAACGAUUUGGAUCCAUGGAAGAAGACUUCAGAUUACCUUUUCGGAGACCUAUAUCCGUACAGUCACGACGGAAGAAGUCACUCCGAGAACCUUUACGGGUACGAGUGGCAUUGAAGAAGCUUGGAAGAAAACCGUUUGUCAGCUUUCGUAUAUGUUUAUUUAUAAUGAGAUCUCCAAGACGAUCCAAUCAAUAAAAAAUUCCCAAGUUCAUAUAUUGUUUUAUCUGUUCAUGCGUGUAUAUUAUCAAAACUUAUAUAUCAGAAGGCGGUCUUCAUGGAAUUCUGCUGCA